CUCAAAUUUAGGGCGCGGGCGCAGAAAUGGCUUAAUCCGGAUGUUAACUUGAAAUGGACUCGGUGAUUCUCUCGAUGUCUUCUCGGGGCCGACAUUUCAAUUUGGACGAUGCCGGCGGAAACUCAGUCAUGGAGUUAGAUGGCGUCAAUGGCUUUAGGAAGAAGAAGAUGACGAUCCGCUUCAUAAAUUUAUCGAUUACGCGAGGCCUUUGCUAUUAUUUGAAGAUGAAGAAAACUUCGAUCCUAAUGUUAAUGGAACGGAGACCAAUGCGGCCGGUUGGAGUUUGAUCGCCUUCCGGUUCCUCAGAACUUGUAUCGCCUACUUGAGUUCUGUUACCGCUGCGAUUUUGCUAUCUGAGCUCUCGCAGGAUUGAAUCUAUUGGUCCACUGGAAAUUUAUGAGAAGAUUAAUGGCUUACGGAUGAUGCAAAUCAGUCUUGUUGAUAAUGAUGAUUUCAAUUUAAAGUUUAUCGUGGGGUGAACAGGGGUUACUAGCCAAUACUAUAAGUGUUGGUUUACUUGCACUUGAUAGACCAUAAAUUGCAACUGUAAUUGAGAAUGGCAUUGGAACAAGUGAUGAUCUUUGUCUUGAAUAUGUUAGUGCAACACAGUUAUAUUUGGUGCCUUGCAUUCAUCAUAAGGAGCAAGGGAGUUGUAGAACCCCACCUCUCACCACACCAUGCACACACAAAAUUAAGAGACUUCUCUGUUUCUUGGAUCCCGUCAAUAUGCAAAUAUUCCACAGCACAGGUCUCUGUUUUAGCACAGAAUAUAAACCAAGCUUCAAGAACGCUUGGCACGUCGUAUCCUACACUUAGUACGUCUUUAUGAAGAUAAAUCUUAAUAGCCAUCUGUUUGUGAAGUUUACAGUCUUUUGUGGUCGACCUUCAAGACAAGAUGACUGGCAUUAGCUUAUAUGAUCGUUAGGAAGGGUAAGCGUUGGAUAUACAGUAUAUAGUGUCCUGACAUGCACCAUAAACAAGAAUCGCUUGGAGGCUUUAUGGAUUGAGAAUCAUGUUGGAGCUUCUUUUGUCAACUUUAGCUGCUUGCCAACAUUGUUUUCUCCUUGUCAUCUUAAACUUUCACGACUUUCUGAUCUUACGAAGCAAUACUCAUGGUACAAAGGUGAAGCUUUUUGUUUUUCCUUCUCGUUCUUUCUUUGUCUAUAGUAUGUUAUGUGUGAUGAGGAACUUUUCAAAAUGGAAAGGUUUCAGAUUUCUUUCCAUUUACCAGGACCACUAGAGAGCUCUAAUCGCUCAUCCCCAAUAGGCUACUUCGCUGAAAGGAUUUAUGGGAGCCGUACAUCAAUAUCCUUUGGAGAUCAAGUGAGGCAAAGCUCCGUACCUUUGUUGCUUAGAAGCAGCAAAGUAGGGAUUCCUCAUUCUUAUAACGUAAUAUAUAAACAACAAACGUUAGGAGAGAGACAAAUGACCAAUGAAGUUUCUCUUUUUGCAACCUUUUUUGGGAAUUUAGGGAAAAUUAGGCUUGAUAACGAUUUUGUUACUGAUUUCUGUUUUUGAAAAUUAUGUUUGGUUCCUCUUAAUUUCUUUAUUAUGGAUUUAGAAACAUAAUAGUGAAUUGAAGGAGGAAGAUCGGCAGAUGUGGAAAUAAUGACUAUUCUGUUAAUGAUCCACUUUCAUGGGAGAUUACUUUGCACUCAAGUGCAAGUGUGAAUAAUGCUUCAUUCAGGAGGAACUAUCUUUCUAACAGUGGCUGCUGCAAGACGGCAAAAGGUAUUGUAAAGACCUACAGGGCAUCACCAGAUUUUAAGCCCUCUUAAGAGCCUCUUUCUUGGCCGUCGCCGGGAAGAUGGAUUCAUCAAGAGCAUUGUCUCAUUCGAUUGAUGUUCCGGCGACCUCACAAGGAAGCUCUGAGGAAGAAUCUCUCCUAUCUUCCAUUGAAGGAAAAUUGGAAGCCUUCUGUUCAUCCAUUACCAUCUUCAGAGCUCCAAAUGAAAUCAGUAUCGAAGAUAGAAACGUCUUCGUCCCCGCCAAAGUCUCAAUCGGUCCUUUCCACCACGGCGCGCCACAUCUCGAAUCAAUGGAAAACCUCAAGUGGUGCUACUUGUCCGCUUUCUUGAAGAACAAUCCGUCCGUCGAUUUACAAUAUCUUGUUGAACUCGUUGUUAAAUCUGAGAGCCGAUUGAGAAAAUGCUAUGAGGAGGAGUUUUAUGGUUUCGACAGUGAUAAGUUUUCGCAGAUUAUGUUGCUUGAUUGCUGCUUCAUUCUCGAGCUGCUUUUGCGAUUCUCGAAAAAGAGGCUCAGGCGACGGAAUGACUCUGUUUUCACUACUCCUGGUUUGCUCUUCGAUUUGAGAUGCGACUUGAUGUUGCUUGAAAAUCAGAUUCCCUACUUCCUUCUCAAAGACGUUUAUGAAAAUGUGCAAGAUCCGACCGAGGAAAAUAUGUCUCUCAAUGACCUAACCUUCCGAUUCUUCAAAACUUUGGUUGUUGGAGAUCGGCAAUUAGUUUACGACAAUUUCACGGUGGAAGCAGAUCAUCUACUCGAAAUGGUUCACUCUUGUUUUCUCUCCACCUAUCCUCGAGUGGAGACGAACGACAAAUCGAAGUCGAGAGAAUUACCUAGUGCGUCGAAGCUUAAAACUGCGGGAAUCAAAAUCAAGAACGCCAGAUCUUCAAAGAGCUUAUUAGACAUCAAAUUUCAGAACGGCGUCCUCGAAAUUCCACCUCUCAAGGUGUAUCAGAAGACAGAGGUGAUUCUAAGGAAUCUCGUAGCGUAUGAGAUCCAUCAAUCCGGAAGCGACCGGCAAGUGAAAUCGUACAUCAAUUUCAUGAGCCACCUUCUCCAGUCUGAUCAAGACGUGAAGAUUCUCUAUAGAAGGAAAAUCCUAAUCGAUCAGGAAGACGACGAGGAGCAGAUUAUUCGAAAUCUGAAAUGGAUGAGCGAGAAGGAGAGCUUAUCGGGAACGUACUUUGCCGGCAUUGUUCAGAAAUUAAACGAGAAGCCGGACCGAUGCGUCGCACGGUGGCGGAAGUUGAGAAGGAAUCCAGUGGCCAUCGGCAUCGUCGCCGUUUUGGUGGUGGUUGUGAUCUUCGUCGCGGCCUUCUUCUCUGCAUUUUCAGUACUUCAGCGUCGUUACAAAUGAGCAAUGAGUGCAAACACAACCAUUUAUAUACAGUUUUAUGAUCAUAUUGAUCAACUUUCAAUUUAGCGAUCACUCCCUAAACUUCCAUUAUUUUACGGUUUUUCCCCUUCAUUAUUGCAAAAUACAUUUUGACCUAUAUUGAAAAUAAUGAAAUCACUUAGUAAUAAAAUUUUGUUUAUUUA